CGUGGCUUAUGGACAUCAUAAUAACAUGACCGAGGAAGUGGCUCGACUGGCUCAACCUUUGGAUCAUGCUAACGUUAUACGUCUGAAUUAAGCUCUUCUUACAAGCGAAACAAAGAGUGACACCAUGGCAACAGAGGGGGAGCCGACAGACUUGAUCAAAGUGCUGCACCUCCUCGUGCUCUCUUUCUCCUGGGGCAUGCAGUUCUGGGUCUCCUUCAUCGCUGGUUUUGCGCUGGUGUGGCAGGUCACUCGGCACACGUUCGGUCUGGUGCAGAGUAAACUCUUCCCCGUGUACUUUUACUGUCUGGUGGGGAGCAGCUUUGUCAGCCUGGCUGUGUUUGCUGUGUAUCACCCCAGAGAGCUGCUGGACUGGCAUGAGAGCCUGCAGAUGGUUCUGUACUUUGUGGCGCUGGUCAUGGCAGGUCUGAAUGCCCAGUGGUUUGGCCCGGCAGCCACAGAGAUCAUGUUCCAGAUGAGGAAGGUGGAGAAGGAGCACGGCCUGGGGAACCAGGUUGGUCUGGGCAGCCAGAAAGAGGAGUAUGCCAAGCUCAAAGAGCGGGACCCCAAGUACAGAGCGUUAAAGAGCAAGUUUGGCCGCUACCACGGAGUGUCCACCCUCUGCAACCUGACGGGCUUCAUCUGCACCACAGUUAAUCUGAUCUACACAGCUCUCAAUUUAUCCACCAUUUAGAGACAUUCAAAUGCUGCAACGACUAAUCAAUUAUUAAUUGACUAAUAAUUGGAGCUUUCAUAAUCAAUUAAUCUGUCAAUUAUUUUCACGAUUAAUCGAGUAAUCAUUUGGUCCAUAAAAUGUCAGAAAACCUUAAAAAAUGUUGAACAGUGUUGGUCAAACCUGGAAAUGAUGAUCUUUGUUAUAUGGAGCAAAGGAACAAAGAAAAUAUUCACAUUAAAGAAGCUGAAACCAUCAGAAAUCAUGAAUGAUUUAAUCACGAAAAAAGCUUCAAACGAUUAAUCGAUUAUCAAAAUAGUUGGCGAUUAAUUUAGUAAUCGAUUUAAGAAUCAAUUGAGCAAUUGUUUCAGCUCUACUAUUAAUCGAUUACAAAAUGUAUCAUCAAUUAAGAAAAAGUCAUUGUUUCUAUUUGGCGGUUUUUAUUAUUAAAUGAAGCUCUGAUUUUUCAGCUUCAUAAAUGUGAAUAUUCUCUGGUUUCUUGACAAAGAAAUGAUUAAAACUGGAUAAUGUGGACAAAACAAGAAAACAACAGCUUGUCGACUCAUGGAGAAAAUAAUUGUCAGAUUAAUAAACUGUGAACAUAACUCUUUAGUUGCAGACACUUUGACACGUUUUAGCAGGAAAAGCCAAACUACUAAACCGAGGAAGCGAAAUGACACUCGGCCGUCAUUAAUUUGAUUGUUUACACCUGUGACCUGUCAACAUGGCAACAUUUCCCACUGUCUUUUUCUACACAGUAUUUUAUGUAACAAGGCAAAUAUGAUGGCAGAGGAAACAGGAAGGACGGUGUUGACUUUAGAGUUAAACGUGCCCACAGAUCAGCCUCUAAGUGACAGUUAUGUACUGAUUUAUUUGCCCCAAGUCUUAAUGAGUGAGAAUGUUUCAAUCAAGUGUGUAUGUUUGAGGUAUUUCUACACUGUUGUAUUUUCAUCAGUGAACCUCGUGUUCCUGUACAGGCAUUUAUUGCCAGCAGGGGGCGAUGUUUGGACACAGGCAAAGUUGAUUAUCUGUUCCCCACAGAUGAGCUCUUAAUACCACACUGUUAAUCACUGGUUAAAUGUGUGGUUCCCUGCUUUUUUAACGGAAAUGAUUUCGCUUCAGAAUUGACACUGUGGUCGUGACAUGCAACAGUGUGGCUGUUUUGUUCUCUUACGCGUGCAACAGCUUUCUCUGCUCUGGUCCGUGAUCUUUGUGCCCUAAAACCAAAGCACUGGUUUUAUCAGAUUGUUCUGGAGGGGGAAAAACACACACACACACACACACACAUAUACACUGAUGAAUGAACCCAGACACGACAGACAGUGGCUGUAUUUGGAAUAGGCAGGUUUUUAAUUAAAUUACCGCUGAUGCACAUCAGAUUUGAGAGAGGAGCGGCCUUGAAUGCAGAGAACAGUGAUUUGCUGGCCAGGAACAGGAUGAGCGAGGCUCUGUCCUUGUUACUGCUGUGAUUUCAGCACUAAUGGAUUAAAAUUGAGUAAUUUCAAUACAAAAUGCGGGGACUGAAAAUAAAGGGAUGCACUUCA